CGUCGAGCGGCCGGCCGGCGGCGCAUUCACGAUUCAAACAUGGCAGCGGCUACCAGCGUUGUCGUGCUCGACAGGGGCAACAACACCACCUGCACCAUCAAUUUACACGGAGCCACCGUGGUGUCCUGGCGGGUGAAUAACCAAGAACAGCUGUUCGUCAGUAAGCAAGCUGUGUUCGACGGGAAGAAGGCGAUUAGGGGCGGCAUACCAUUCGUCUUUCCACAAUUCGGAGCAUGGACGUUCGGACCACCCCACGGCUUCGCCAGGAUCAUUCGUUGGAACGUGGAGAAGUCACCGGAGCGAUUGCCCAGCGGGGACAUCGAGGCGAUAUUCUCGAUAAUGGAUAGCGAAUUCACGCGAUCACUGUGGAACUCGCAGUUCAGGCUAACGUACAGGCUAAUACUGCGUGAGAAGGAGCUGCACUUCAACAUCGGCGUGUACAACCCCAGCAGAGAAGACACCUUCAGCUUUAAUCUGCUCUUACACACUUAUUUCAAGGUGCCCGAUGUUAGGAGAUGCCAAAUCACGGGGUUGCACGGCUGCACGUUCGUCGACAAGACCAGGGACAACCAAAUCUUCCAAGAAGGCCGGGAUGUCGUCACGGUGUGCGAAUGGACCGACCGGAUCUACCAGAACACGCAGCCGGAGCAUAUCAUCACGAAUGUCGUUUCCGGUAGGAAGAUGCGCGUGCAAAAGUACAACUUUCCCGACACGGUCGUCUGGAAUCCAUGGCAGGAGAAGGCACGCGACAUCCCGGACUUUGGCGACGACGAGUUCCCGAACAUGAUUUGCGUGGAGAGCGGACACGUCAGUAGUCCGGUUAUACUGUUGCCAGGAACGGCCUUUGAGGCGAGCCAGAUAUUACAGGUGAUGUGAGUAGAGAGUGGACCGACGUCGCACGUCAAUGCCGGAGGCGGUACCAACGCGCUGCUUCCGACGUCCUCGGCAUCGUCCGCGGUCUGGCCAGCCGGCACGGGGUGGCUUUACAUGCCACCCCCGCCGCCACCGCCACCGCCACCGCCGCCACCUCCGCCACCCCCGCCGUCGCAUCCGUCGCAUCUACACUCGCAUUGCGUUGCCCAGACCUGCACGAUAUGCUCUCUGAAUCUUUAGGGAAUCUUUAAACCCAAGAUGAAGUCUGCAAGUUGUGUGAGCCCUCAGAAUAUUUUUCGCUUCUCCCUCGACAAGUCAGUUUCUCGAAAUUUCGAAAUCUGAGGCAUCGUACGAUGGAGAAUGUAUCAUUUUUUUUUCUUCCGUCGAAGAAACGGUGAUUCGUGCAGCAAAGACAUGCAACAUAGUUAAUUUUAUUAAAGAAUCUAUCUUUCUUUAUCUUUUGACGACUUUCUUUACGCUUCGUUCGUGCUUUACGAUAAGAAUUACGAUAAAAAAAAUUCAAAACGAUCAAUUAAAUACGCGAAUGUAAGAAAUUAAUUGAUCUCUUUUUGUUUUUCACACUGUCCAAGUAACAAUCGGAUAAAUUAUAAAAUUUAUAAAUUAAUAAUCAAUCAUCGCUGCCCUCGUUCGUUUCGAUGAAAAACGAAAUUGACAUUAUUUUAUUUGCAACCUUUAUCUUUUGUUUAUUAAAAACAUUGAAAAAAUUGUAAAGACAUACUUGCAUAGAUAUUACGCGAAAGAGGAUUUUUGUCUUUUCUUAGGUUUUUAAAGAAUGUCAUCCUGGAAAAACGAGUGAAAAUACAAUUCUCAAGUAACAUGCGUGUCCAAAAGAUAUCUCAAAGAUGUCUUCAAGAUGUUUUAGCAUAUCUUAGAUCCGCCAAUGUUUUGUGAAAUUCACUCGGUCCGUCACAAACAUUUUCAUACAUUCCAUACAUAAAUGGCAAAAGAAAUCUACGUCCCGUACUUUUAACUCAUCACGUUUAGAUAUUACCACGCGAUGUAUUGUUUAUAGAUGUAGAUUGGCAUUAGGUAUGUAAGCGAUUUUGUUAAAUUUACGCGCGAUAAAACUUUCCCUAUAGGAUUUUCAAGUAUUAUGAUGUAGUUACUCGUUCGUUCCGAUAAACGACAAUUCGAUCUAGUUUACUCGACAUACAAGAUGUAUAUUUGAAAUUAGCAAAUAGCCGGAAAUGCACUUGGUAAAACAUACUUUGCGUUAUAUGAGCUAUAAUAAAAAACGUUCUCGAAACAUUUUAUGUAUAUACAUAUACAUAUACAUUCACUUUUUAAAAAUGUUUCAAGGCACUAUACUUAAUUAUUUUCUUCAAAGGCAAAAGGUCUGGCUUUUUAAGUACAUUUUUUUACUUGCUUAAGUUCAUUACAUGUACAAACUGCUAGAGAGGAUUUUUAACAACAUUUUAAUUCAAUUAAUUUUUAACUCAAUUUUUUAAUUCCUGUGCUAUAUUGUAUAGCUUAUAUAAAUUUAAAUAUUCAAUAUCUCCAUAUGUAUAAUUAAGAAGUUCGUGAGAUUUGAACAUCUUUCCUAUUGCAUAUUAAACGGAAAAUAAUUCUGAAGUACAAAGCAUUUGCUAUAUUUUAAUUAGAAAAUUAGUUAUAAAGCGAUAAAGGGAUGUUGCGAAAAAUAAUUGGAUUAGAUUUGUCAAAUUUAUUUAAAGAGGAAAAGAUUUUUCUCUUGUAAUUUUAUAAUUUGUUAGCAUAAGAGAGAAGCAAUUUUUAUAUAAUUUUCCAAAACAUUACGGAUAAACGCUUUACAGCAUUAUACUGCAGUGUGCGUGAAUUUGUUCAACUUGCAAUAUAUAAUUUACUUAUGAACAAUACAAAUAUGGUGCUAUUGUUACAAAUAUAGUGUUGUAAUGAUAAGUCGCAAACACACACACACACACACACACACACACACACACACACAAACUAGAUAGAAGCUCAGUCGGCAUUUUUCCGUAAUGCUGCAAUUUUAAACGUAAUCGCUCUUCAGAAUUUUUGAAAUUACUGUCCUGAAAAUAUCGCAUUUGUUUAUGUGCAAGAAGAAACGUUGCAUCAUCGAAAUAGACAUAUAAGUAAAUAUUUACCAUAACAUAUUGAUUAUAAUAUUAUCAUAAAAAUUACAUGUGUAUACGGAGAACUUUGUAAAAACAUUGACUAUUUAACAAGAAGACAAAGGAAAUAGAAACAACAUUUUACCGCCCA